AUGGAAGCGCAGCGGGAGCCCGUCGACCUUGUCGUCGUCCUCCAUGUCCGAAAAGGCCGCAAUGUGCCGGAGAAGUGGCAGGAGCUGCUCAAAGUGGCCCUGGAGAUCGUCACUGGGAAGCUCGAAACCAAGGACUGUCUGGCUAUUGUACCCUUCAUGCCAAGCUUAUUGCCGAUGUCCGAAAAAAAUGCCAAAGCUGUAUUUGAAAAAUAUAAACCGGAAAGCAUCCAAACCGACACCUCGCUAGUGAUAGAUCUGGAAUCCGCCGAAUCGAUUUUCAAUAGUCGGACAUACGAGGAUAAGAAGAAGCGCGCUGGUUAUAUCGUCGUCAUCUCCAACAGCGAGGAUGACAUAAACUCCCUCCUCACUUGGAGGUUCCUCAGUGUCCACGCCUUCGGCUUCCGCGGUGCGCACAAUGCAUGGACCAUUCACACCAUUGCCAGCAGCCGAGAUUGCAGUUACGCUAUCUUGGACGACGAGCUCGGCCGGAUCACUCAAGCCUUCGCUGCCACCAUCGACAGGAUCACCUCCGCCGUAGCCGUCAUGCCAAUAGAGAUCCAGCUUAAGUGCGAAGAGAAGGUGCAUCUAUCUGGAUUAAUCGGCUCCCCCCGCCUCAGCUACUCCAUCUCCGACAACAAGAAGAAUGGUACCAUCUGGCCCCGGGCUCACCUCCCUGACGUGCCGACCAACUUCGUCGUCCUCCUCUACACCGGCAACCUUAGGAACGACGAAUGCAUAGAUUUGUCCAAGGUGCUCAAAGUUUCUGCCAAGUACUACCAGAAUCCGAGAGCGUCCCAGGCGCGGACAACAACAAACUUCCCCAAAGGCCAAGACGGCAUCGGGGAAGUGCUGGGCGAGGAGGUGGAGGUGGACACCGUCUCAAAGGACAUGCCCGGAUCCAAGGAGGUGGCUGCUGAGAUCGUCCGGUUAGAGGCUGUUAGAAUCAUCCAUGAAAUCAUUGAAGAGAAUAAACCAGACUGGGAUCAGCUCCAGGCCGCCGCUAAAAAGCAGCGCGACCGGUGGACCAAACUAGAGAAAUACAAUGAAGGUGACGACGAGGACGGGAAAAAAAAUAUGGAGAUAAAAGAGUUGGUCGUUGAGAUAAUCCUUGAGAACAAAACUGAUUGGGAAAAGCUCCGAGCGGCGGCAGAGAAGCUGAGAAAAGGAUGGACCACACUCAAGUAUUCGAGAUGCGGUCUGGCGGCGGGAGAGCUAAUAUCCAGUCUCUCCUCAGAGAUGCAAGAGAUGGAGACAAGGCUGUACAAUAACUACAUGUGGCCUGAGUACCUACUGUCGUGGAAGUCACACCAGUGGUGGCAACUGCCUCUGCCACCACUCUUCAUGGACAAGCUAGACACUGAAGAUGAUCCUCUUCUGCGGCUGAGGAUCACCGCAAAUGUCGAUGAUAUCCCAAGGCACAAGAAAGGCCUCCCGGUGCUGGUGCAGGUCAUGGCGCCAGAGGUGGGGCUGGCCAAGGCGAAGCGUGCACCUGUUGAUGUGGUCGCCCUGCUCGACACGGAGAAGAAAACUAAGAAGAAGCGGGAGCUGCUCAUCAAGGCCAUGGAGGUCAUCAUGGACAAGCUUGGCCACCAGGACCGCAUCGCCAUAAUACCCGUCCAAACCGCCACCACCCAACCUGCAGCUCGGUUCAUGGACAUGUCUAAACAAGGCCGGAGGGACACCUCCAUCAAGUUGAAGUCUAUCGUGGUCAAGAAACCAACCCCGGCCGCGCCUUACACUUACCCCAGCGCCACGCAGACCUCACACGGGAGAGGCCACAGUAAAUUCAUCAAGUUCAUAACGAACUGCCUCGGCAUUGCCCCCACCAACUCGCCCACGCUCAUCCCCAGUCCUGCGUCCUCAGGAAGUGAUGUUGUUACCGAUGAUGGCACCAAGCUGUGGGAGGCAUUGAAGGAUGCUGAGAAGCUAUUGGAUGGCCACCUAAAAAAGGACCAUAUUGGCUUCAUCAUCGUCAUCUCCGACGGCAAUGGUGACUUCGUCCGCCAAGAAACUCUGACGUCAAAAUACACUAUGCAUGCUUUCGGCUUCCGUGAGUGUGGCACACACAACAUUAGGGCCAUGCACUACAUUGCCAAUAGCUCCAGCGAUGGCAUCUAUGCCAUCAUCGAUGAUCACCUGAAUCAGGUCACAUGUGCCUUCAAGGCCUGUAUCAACAAAAUCACCUCCACACUCACCGUUACUACAGAAGUUGGUAUUUUGUGCAGCAAUUCCUCCAAUGAAGUAGCUUUAUCCACCGUUAAUUCUGGAAAAUUCAUAUCUGCUAUUGCGAAGAAAGAAGCAGCUAUCUUUGUUGGUGCCCUAUAUGCUGGUGCGGUGAGGAAUUUCAUAGUGUACGUGCACAAGGUUGACAUGGUUAGCGAAGAGGACUAUGCCAACUUCUCCAAGUUAUUCAGGAUUGAUAUAAAAUGGUUGAAUGCGUUCACCAACAAGGAUGCCCCAGCAAAUUCAGGAGCUUUGCCAAGUGUCAACGACUCUGCCGGGGACAAGGAGAAGCUCGAUGGACAAGUGGUCAUUGUGAGGGAUGGAUCUAAUGAAUCCAAAGAGGUAAUGACGGAUAUUAUUGUCCGUUUCAAGGCUGUCAAAAUCAUCCAUGAGGUUACUAAUCCCAAUUACAAGAAAGAAGUGUUAAUUGAAAGGCUACAAAAUAUUUGCCACGGUAACACAAGACUGGUAAGGGAUAUUCAGACGAUGGUGGCCAACUUGCGUAGGGAUAUAGAUAUUCUAUCGCAUAUGCUCUCGUGGGAAACAUUUCAAGGAUUGUCCGAACAUCCACCCAUGAAAUAGGUGCAUCCAAGUGAAAAUUUAAUAAGCAUUAAUGCUCUUCCGGUAAAUUUUAUUACGGGAUGCAGUCAAGUCGAAAGUUCUAUUAUUGAAAAGCUUGGUGAAGUAGUGGUCUGCGUCAUGGUCCUUCGAAAGUUUGGAACCUCCAUAAAAGAAGAUCUUUGGUUCUACUUAUGAGCUUGUGUAGUUUCCUUGAAUCAGUUACUUGCAACAAAUUUCUUUCCCUUGUAAAAUACUAUUGUGGAA